UGCAAAAAAUUUAAAUAAUAAAAUUCUAAAAAAAAUUUAAAAAAAAUCCCAAAAAUAAAAAAAUUUUAAAAUGCGUGAAAUCGUACAUCUACAAUGCGGUCAAUGUGGUAACCAAAUUGGAGCAAAAUUUUGGGAAGUUAUUUCCGAUGAACAUUGCAUUGAUUGCAAAGGCUGCUACUAUGGUGAUAGUGAUCUACAAUUGGAGCGAAUCAAUGUCUACUACAAUGAAGCCAAUGGAGCUAAAUAUGUGCCUCGAGCCGUACUUGUUGAUCUUGAGCCCGGUACAAUGGAUUCUAUACGUUCCGGUUGCUUUGGUCAAAUUUUUCGGCCUGAUAAUUUCAUAUUUGGGCAAAGUGGAGCUGGUAACAAUUGGGCUAAGGGACAUUACACUGAAGGUGCUGAACUAUUGGAAUCAGUGUUGGAUAUAGUAAGACGAGAAGCAGAAGGCUGCGAUUGUUUACAAGGCUUCCAAUAUGUACAUUCACUUGGCGGUGGCACCGGUUCUGGACUGGGUACUUUGCUGAUAGCCCGAUUAAAGGAAGAAUUCACUGACCGUAUCCAAUUAACAUUUUCAAUAUUUCCAUCCCCAAAAGUCUCUGAUACUGUUGUUGAGCCUUACAACUGCACAUUAGCAUUAAGUGAACUCAUUGAAUUUACCGACGAAACCGUUUGCAUCGAUAAUGAAGCAUUGUAUGAUAUUUGCUACAGAACUUUAAAACUAACUACUCCCACCUAUGGCGAUUUAAAUCAUCUUGUAUCUGCUACCAUGUCUGGUAUUACAACUUGCUUACGUUUCCCCGGUCAAUUGAAUGCCGAUUUACGGAAACUUGCUGUGAAUAUGGUUCCAUUUCCACGCUUACACUUUUUUGUACCCGGUUUUGUGCCACUAACGUCUCGUGGUUCAAUGUGCUAUCGGGCACUGACAGUACCAGAACUAACAUUACAGAUGUUUGAUGCUAAGAACAUGAUGACUGCAUGCGAUCCACGUCAUGGGCGUUACUUAACAGUAGCAGCCAUCUUUCGAGGUCGUAUGUCAAUGAAAGAAGUUGAUGAGCAGAUGUUGAAUAUACAAAACAAAAACAGUCCAUACUUUGCCGAUUGGAUACCGCAUAAUGUUAAAACAGCUGUCUGUGACAUACCACCACGAGGGCUUAAAAUGUCAGCUACCUUCUUAGGGAACACCACAGCUAUACAGGAAAUAUUCCGACGAGUGUCGGAACAAUUCACUUCAAUGUUUAGACGUAAGGCAUUUUUGCAUUGGUACACAGCGGAGGGUAUGGAUGAAAUGGAGUUCACAGAAGCCGAAAAAAACGUAAGUGAUGUUAUGAAUGAAUAUCAACAAUAUCAAGAGGCUACAGCUGAUGAAGAAGGCGAGUUUGAAGAUGAUGACAAUGAAUAAAGUACACAUGCAGAUUGUUCACUGAGGACAUAGAUAUAUUUGAUAGAUCGAUUAUUUACAUUAGACGAAACCAAAAAUAUAUUUCGCUAGUAAAAAAUUAUUAAAAUUUUUACAAAGUACAACAAAAUGUACUAUAAAAUCAAUAUGUAAAAAAAG